UAUAUUUUUAAAAUUGUAUUUGUUACUUCUUAGCUCACGUCUGUAUUUGGGUGAUGAUGGAUGACGUAUUCCGUUGUUCCCUACUUUCUCAGUUUAACCAGACAACAUUUUUGUGAACUUAUACCAAAUUCCGUGAUCCGAGUUCGGAGUUGGAAGAUGCGGAUGGACACUGCGUGAUCAUAACGAAAGGGUGGCCAAUUUCAAUUGAUUGGAUAUUGAUCUUGAACCUUGUAUGUUUCUAAUCGGGGCAGUUCAUGGUCAUUCAUAGCAAAACGUUACGACAUGAUCUGUGUGUGUUGACAGUGAAUAUCCUUCCACAGAGACAACCAGUCACAUAUUAGCCUCAAGCUGAGAAAAUGUCUGAAGAGUCCCGGCACUUGGGUUUUGACACAAAAGCCGUCCGCUUGGGAUACAAACCGGAUGUGUCCAAUAAUUACAGCCUGAUGCCUCCCAUCGGCUUGUCCAGCACUUUUCAACAGGAUGAUCCAUCCACACACAGGGGGUUUCUGUACGUGCGACAAAACAACCCCUCGCGACAGAUCCUGGAAAAGGGAUUUGCCUUGCUGGAAGACGCCAAGUAUAGCCUCUGUUUCUCCUCAGGCACUAGCGCCAUCAGCGCCGUCGUGCAGUUGCUGAACACCGGAGACCACAUCGUUUCGUCAGAGGUCAUCUUCGGCGGGACUUAUCGAUACUUCGACGAGAUAACCGGGCGAGUGGGCAUCACCACGACGUACGUAGACGCAAGAGACCCGGAGAACGUCGAGAAUGCUCUGCAGGCGAACACGAAGCUCGUGUUCCUGGAGACGCCGUCUAAUCCCCUGCUCAGUCUGUGCGACAUCGCCAGAAUUGCAGAAAUUGUGCACAGGGCUCCAGGCAUUCUCUUCGCCGUCGAUAACACCUUCCUGACGUCGUACUAUCAGAGGCCGCUCGAUAUGGGCGCUGACAUCUCAGUUUAUUCGGCUACGAAGUACCUGAACGGGCACACAGAUGUCUGCAUGGGCGCAAUGUGUUUCAACGAUGAUAACCUUUUACCUCGUCUGCGGUAUCUACAGAAUAAUGCUGGGAUCGGCCCUUCGCCUUUCGACUGCUACCUGGUGUAUCGCAGCCUCAAGACACUGCCAGUUCGCCUCAGGCACCACAUGAAGAAUGGUCUCAAGGUAGCGCAGUUCCUGGAGUCCCACCCCUUGGUCACCAAGGUGCUGUGUCCAUGGCUACCGAGUCACCCUCAACACGAGCUUGCCAAGCGUCAGGCCUCAGGCUACACCAGCAUGAUUUCCUUCUAUGUCAACGGCGACCUGCAGCAAACCAGCGCGUUGCUCAAGAAGUUUCGACUCAUUAACAUGGCCGGCAGUCUUGGCGGCGUCGAGAGCCUAGCGGAGAUUCCGUCGGUACUGAGCCACGCCUCCUUUCCGGUUGGGGACAGAGCACGGUUGGGAAUCACAGAUAAUCUAGUGAGGUUAUCUGUGGGGCUGGAGGAUGUGGACGACAUCAUCGCGGACCUGGACCAAGCUUUACGCUCCACACUGUUGUGAAGAACUGGGUGCCUACCGGGAAUUGGUUUCCUAAUUGUCAUCUUCGUAACGAAGCUGAUAGAUUGACCUAUGGAAAGUAAGUAACACAUUCAGAGUUUAAAAAUGUAAUAUUACUUGCCCAUGUUAUAAAUAUUUGUCUUCCUAUUUCGUUAAAAAAAUUGUAAAGACCUAUUUUAUCUUAUGUACAAACAUUUUGAAACAUGUAAAAAAUGUGAGAGUUAUUCAACUUUUAAAUUACUUCGAUUCUGUAAACUAUAUAUAUAUAUAUAUAUAUACGCAUCGUCCUCAUUUGCCACAUGCGUACCAAUGGGAAACGUAUGCAACCCACAGUACCUAAAAAUCAAUUUUUAGAUCGAUUUUAGUAUUUUCCUACUUGUAUGAGAAAAUAAAUUACAUUGCUUUGGUGCGAAAUCCAUGGUCUAUGAACGCCCCAUGAUUGGCCAGACUUUACAAUGUGGCCCGCAGUCUUAUUUAACUUAAAGUUACUGAGAUGAAUCGACUGAAUGAAACGUACAACUUAUCGAGAUGCUAACAGUACUUUUGGACUUCUCAUUGACCUGCAAUUUGUUUUCUUAACAUCGAUUACCACAGGCAAUAGUUACAAAGUAGCUGCUUAAUAAAAUACAAA